AUGGAUGGAAGAAAGGAUUCGAACAGACAGCUGGACACUCCUGCUGCCUUCAGAGCUCCCAGACCCAGUGGUCCCAAGGGACUGAUCCCACCGUCACAUUUCCAGAGCCGGUCAGCACCUCCCCUUACACCUCCUGCUGCAGCGCCCUGGAGGGCUGCUGCUUUACCGGAUUGGGAGGCACUUGAGCUCAGGCGAGAAAAUCAGCAAUUGAAGGAGGAACUUCGAAAAUGGGCCCCAACAGGGGAUGUAAUCAGUGGGGGCAGGGGAGCAGGCCAAACAGAAGAAGCAGGAAACAGAACCAGGUCCCUGGACAGAGAAGCUGGGCCCUCAAACAAGCGUCACAAUCUGGCCAUGUCCCAACAGGCUGAGAUCAUUUCUCACCAGCUCCACGAGAUCCAGAGGCUGGAGGCUGAAGUUGCUGCCCUGCGAGUUGCCUCUGCCCAGCACGAGACAACAGCAGCCAGUCGGGAAAGUGCCCUGUCCCGCCUCCAGGGGGAGCUGACGGAGCUCCGAAGGCAAAGCCGCACGGAGUCCGCAGCCUUGAAGGCAGAGCUGGAGGAAGUCAGAGGGAGCAGCCAGCUGGCCCUUGAGGCCCUGAAGGAAGAACUAGAGCAACUGAGGAGCCAGGCUGGCUUGGAGGCGGAUGGCUUGAGAGAGGAACUGGAGUCUGCCAAGGAAAGAUACGUUCGUGAAGUUGGAUCGGCUCGGAUAGAGCUGCAGGGGGCCCUGGAUGAGGCAGAAGCUGAGCGGAAAAGGCAGGAGGAGAGGGCCCAAGAGCACCUGCAGGCUGCGCUCAGGGAGCACGAGGCUGAGUUGUCUAGACUCUCUGAAGCCCACAAAGCAGAAGUUUCUUCGUUGAAGCACCAAGCACAGGCACUCCAAAAGGAUCUAGAAGCACAGCAGAAGGAAGCUGCCCAACUACAAGAGGAGAGAGACGUUGUCCAGAAUCAGCUCAGUGCGGCCAAGGCAGAGCUGACUUCCCAGAAUGCUUUGCUGGCGCAGCUGAAGACCUACGUUGGGGAGCAGGAGUCGAGGCAGCCCUGUCCGGAGUGGGAGCAGCUGAUCAGCAGGGUGCACCACCUGGAAGAGGAAAAGGAGGCCCUGCAAACAACAGCUGAGCUCCUGCAGGUUCGUCUGGCUUCGCUCAGCGACAUCCUGACUCUACAGGAGACAGAGCUUGCCAGGAAGGUUCCCCUCAAGGAUCCUCUUCAAACGGAGCCAUCUCAGAAACUUCAGUGCCUGCUGAGCCGGUGGCGGGAGAAAGUCUUUUCUCUCUUGGUGCAGCUGAAAUCUCAGGAGCUCUGCCAUAUGGAAGCCAUCAGACUGUUACAGAGGAAGGUCCAAGAGCUCAAGGAAGAAGUCGAAUCCAAAGACCAGAAGGUGACUUUGUUGCUUCGCGGCCUUGAAGACAAGACAGCAGAAGCUGAUAUGGAAAGAGUGAGGAACAAGACUCUUAAGACAGAAGCGUUGCACUCUAAAGAACUGGUACAGAAACUCCAUCAGAGGGUAGAGGCUGAUGAAUAUGCCAUUCGGGGACUGGUGGAGUUGGUCAGCAGGCUCCACCAGCAUCUGAUGGACCAGGAGGGGGCCUGGAAAGCAGCCUUGUCGCGCCUGCUGGGACUGGGAAACCGAAUCUCCUUUGCAGCCAAGAGAGUUGACACCAUCCAAGGGCUGGUAGGCCGGAAAAUAGCACUAGCUAAGCUCCAGCAAGGGGAGAAACCUGGCCCUGCUCAAUCAGACCAGGACAGGCUUCAUCCACCUUACGAAGACCUGCAAGCCGAGCUACGGAUGCUGCAUGAGGAACGGGACCGGCUCUCGAUGGAGCUUAAACGGGGGGCCCAACUCAUAGAAAAGAAGGUGGCCGAAGUGCAAGACAAAGCCGAGUCCAAUCUUGAGGAAAUGAGGGAGACAGCGCAGUGCCUGCAGGGGGCACUAGAGGCCAAGGUGGCGACAGAGCAGGCGCUGCGGCAACAGCAGGAGGCUGCGGAGAGGCAGCUGGAGGAAGCGCGCAGGGACCUGGUGAAGGCCGAGGAGGCUGCCAAGAGCUCAAGACAGGAGCUGGGGCAAUUACGAAUGGAAUACGAGAGAGCCCUGCAGGAGAAGGUGACAGAAGUGGAAACUCAGCUGCACAGGGAUUUGUCGGAAAUGGAAAAAAAGCUGAACGAGGCACGGAGGGAGCACACAAAAGCGGUGGUUGCCCUGCGCCAGACUGAGCGCCAGGCAGCAAGGGACAAAGCUCGCGGUGAAGAGCUGGCCAAGCUGCAGGAAGCCGCCACGCAACAGGAGACUGCACGCCUUGAAGCCCGUCUACGGGAGCUCGAGAGGGACAAGAACCUGCUGUUGGCCACUCUACGACAGGAAGGGAUGUUGGCCCAGUCUCGGCAGAAUCGCCCGGCGGCAGUCCAAGCCCCAGCAGAACUGACUGAGAAGGGAGCAACUCAGACUCCAUCUAAAGAGUCCCUCUCUGCUGUGCUGAGUGAUCUACAGGCCCUAAUUUCAGACAUCCAGAAUGAAGAAGUAGCAGCCGAGAAAUGCGACGAAGACGAAGACACCAAGGCAGAUGCCUAA